UCGUAUUGUGUGGAAAAAGUGGGAAAGAAAAAAAAAAUAUUUAAGCAUAAUUGGUGCCUACUUUCUGGUAGUGGAAUAUAAGUACGAAUGAGAAAAAAAAAACAUCAAAUUUGGAGACAAACUACGUAUAAAUGCAAGACUAACCAGAGAAGAUAGCGAAAAAAACAACAAAGUGCGCGAAAAGUCUUUGAUUUGAUAUUUACACGCAAGAUGGAUGACAAAUUAUAAAAUUGCUUACACUUCUAUUCAUUUCUAAUGCAAAAUUUACGAAAUUAGUGAAAAUCCAAUUAUUCUUUUUCCAUGUAAACAAUUUCAGGUGGCAUUCAAAACAUGAAUUGUUCAACCAUACCAUGUCACAUUUAGUGUAACACAGCACCAAGAUUAACAGUACUGUCAAUAGUUUUUUUUUAUUAGCACAACACGAACUAUUACCUAUUUAAUAAUUGAAAAGAAAAAAAAGAGAAGAAAUAAAACAACAACAACACGAAGAACAUAAAUCCCUAAUAAAACUGUCCAGUUAAUACGCUGUUAAAAAAAAACAAAUUGGUGUUUUUUAAUGACAAAUUAUUGCUUUCGAAUUUAAUCAACCUAACCAACUUUAAACCACAUACGUGCAAAAUAGUGAUGUUUGUAUAUAUUGUGGCCAAUGAUGACGGAAUCUAGUAUAAUAAAUAAAUAGUGUGUAAUCGUGAAUAUUCUCUCAAUUUUCAUUUUUGGGUGUGUUUUGGAAAAUAAUCGUAUAUAUAUUAUACAAAAAAAAAAGAAAAGAAAUAUAGACAUUGUUUUGACAAGUGGCAAAAAUGGCAUAUCAAAAACCCACUAGUAUCGACGAAUUCGUUAGCAUAAUGGCUAAAGCCGAUAUGCGGGUUAAGACACAACUUGCUGAAGAUCUUGUUGCCUAUUUAAAUGAUCAGGACAAUUCGAUUGUUUCAAAUGACUUGGGAUUAUUAAUCGACAGUUUGAUGCCAUGGCUGACUGGGAGUCACUUUAAGAUUGCACAACGUGCUCUCGAAGCAUUUAUAGAGCUAAUAGGUCGUUUAGGACAAGAUUUCGGAGCAUAUACGCCAACAAUUUUACCGCAUGUAGUGGAUCGUCUUGGUGAUAGUCGGGACACAGUUCGGGAAAAGGCACAGAUGCUUCUCCAAAAACUAAUGGAGCAUCGUGUCAUUUUACCACAACAAUUACUUGACAAAUUAACAAUAUGUUUCAAGCAUAAAAAUGCAAAAGUUCGUGAAGAAUUUUUACAAACAAUCGUAGAUACAUUAAAUGUGCACGGUACACAGGUAUUGUCAAUGAAAUCAUAUAUUCAGCCCAUCGUAAAUCUAUUGGGAGAUCCGAGUGGUCCAGUAAGAGAUGCGGCGAUACAGAGUUUAGUUGAAAUCUACAAACACGUGGGAGACCGACUGAGAGUUGAUCUCAGGAAGAAAGAAAUUUCGGCCGCAAAAAUGGCGAUUUUGGAACAAAAGUUUGACGAAAUAAAAAAUAAAGGACAAUUGAUGCCAUCUGCAUUAACAACAGCUAUCUCCAACAGUGACGAAUUGGAUAAUGUUGGCCAAGUGAGAAAUGUUAGCCGAUUGGUUAAGCGUACGGUAUCGUCAAAUGUUCGAAAGCCACAGUCAUUGGAUGUACAAAGUGAUGCAGGUGCAGUAACAAUGGACAUUUUUGAAGCAUCAUUCGAACUCGUGCCUCAAAUAACGAUAUUUAAUCAACGCGACGUUGAUGAACAUUUAAAAUCGAUCAAUACGAUAAUUGGUGACAAAAAUAUGGAUUGGGAGAAACGGGUUGAUGCGCUUAAAAAAAUUCGUUCAUUGCUAAUGUUAAAUGUUCACACUUCACCCACGUUUGCCAUUUUUCUUAAAGAAAAUUUAUCGAUGUCGUUUCUUGAUAUAUUGAAAGAGUUACGUUCACAAGUCAUUCGUGAAGCAUGUAUUACCAUCGCAUAUAUGUGCAAAGUGAUUCAAAAUCGUUUGGACUAUUUUUGUGUGCAUAUAUUUCCCGAGCUUAUCAAUUUGAUACAAAAUUCGGCAAAAGUCAUUUCAUCGGCUAGUACAAUAACUGUAAAAUAUGUCAUCAAAUAUACGCAUGCACCAAAAUUAGUUCCAGUUAUGACACAAAAUUUAAUGCAAUCAAAGUCAAAAGACAUUCGUGCCACAUUGAGCGAGGUAAUGUAUUAUCUGUUCGAGAAUUGGUCAACGAGAACAUUGGAAAAAUUCUCGAUCAAUUUGAAAGAAGCAUUGAAGAAGGGUAUUAGUGAUGCCGAUAAUAUGGCACGCAAACAUAGCCGAAGGAGUUUUUGGGAAUUUCGUCGUCAUUUUCCUGAUCUAGCUGACAGCUUGUAUAUUACACUUGAUUCGCAAACACAAAAAGCAUUGGAACGAGAACGUGAUGGCGGAGAAUCGAAUGGUACAAAUUCGAUGAGUGCUAGUCUUCGUGGCAGUAAUAGCAGUUUGAAUUCAAUUCCAAACAGUGUCAUAAAACGUCGCCAAUUCACUGGAUUACGAAGUCCAGCAACUGUUGCUCCAUCUGCAAGUGCAAGUAGUGAAAAUCUAGUGACACCAAUAGCACCAUAUGGUAGCACUAGUCGUCUUCACCGAGUACCAUCGUUACCAAAAACUCGUAAUAAAAGCGGUAUACCCGUGCCCACAAUUCAACGAGAUUUAUCUCAAAUUAAUGCUCUUCGAGGUGGAGUUCGAAGUAUCUCAGCAUUAGAUACAGCGGCUGUACAAAGAGCUAGGGCAAGACAGCAAUAUUCAACGAUGGCUCGAUUGAAAGUAACGCCCGGAACCGCUUCACUGCAAGGUCAAAUAGCUCAGCAAGCUCGUGCUAAGAAAACUCCACAGAAUACACCGAGUCAAACAACACCACAAGUUGAAUACCGAAGCACAGUUCGACGAAGUAGUGGUGUUAGCCAAUCACAACCAACAUCACGGAGUACAUCCCCUUCAUCGCGACUAUAUAGCAUGCCAUCAGCAUAUAGACAAACCGGAACUAUUCCAAAAAAGACUCCAGUCAUUCCACGAUCGCUUGUCAAUUCACGUGAAACUAGUCCAACCAGAAAUGGCGUACAUCAAACUGUUCGUCGUCUCGGCUAUCUACCAAGUCACAGUCCCCGUCGACAAGAACGACCACCAAUCAUUCCAUCUAGACCCGUUUUAGCGCAAAAAAUUCUACAAGCAAGCCGUGAAGCGGAAUCUGCUUUGGCCGAUGCUCUUUCACCGGAAGAUGCAGAUCUAUCAAGUGAAUUGGGUCGUUUACAUCUGCAUCGUAAGAUAUCCCGUGAUGAAUCUGACGAUAGUGAAGCAUCAUCAGUAUGUUCCGAAAGAAGUUUUGACUCGUAUCGACGCAACGACUCUGGUUCGUGGAAUGGAUCAAGAAGUAAAUUAGAUCGCACAUUAAUUGAAGAUAUUGACGUAAUCAUUCAACUAUGUUCGUCCACACAUUGGGCCGAACGAAAGGAUGGCUUGACAAACUUAACCGCAUACCUUUCAGAUGGAAAUCAAUUAACACCAGAUCAACUGAAGAGCAUUUUAGAUCUAUUUCGAAAAAUGUUUAUGGAUAGUCACACAAAAGUUUACGCUCUAUUUUUGGAUACCGUUAAUGAACUUAUCAUUUUGCAUUCAAACGAUUUACACGAUUGGCUUUUUAUUUUGCUGACACGACUUUUUAAUAAACUUGGUGCCGAACUAUUGGGGUCAAUGCAUAGUAAAAUAUGGAAAACCCUCACUUUGGUGCAUGAAUAUUUUCCAGCUGAGCUUCAAUUGAAAGCGGUUUUCAGAAUUUUGGUUGAUGCUGCCCAAACGCCAAGUAUAAAGACCAAAAUUGCUGAACUCAAAUUUGUUACAAAUUUGGUAACAACAUAUUGCCGUAGCGAUAAUUUUCCCACACAACCAGCUACAAAUAGGGCAAUACAAAAGAUUCUUCAAUUGGCUAAUGAUCAGAAGAGUGUCGAACUGAGAAGUCAAGCCCGGUCCUGUUUAAUUGCUUUGUAUAAUUGCAAUACAGCUGAGAUGACCGAAAUCUUGAGUGGAUUACAAAAACAAUACAACGAUUUAGCGAAAACAAUCAUUCAGCAACAUUUGCGGCGAAAUACCUCUGGCACAAGUAGUCCAUCAUCGCCAAUGACUUGUUCAAGUCCCAAAUUGUUAAGUCCGCAACUGGGACCUGCAAGUUUGAAUAAUUAUCCUAGUCCGCGAUCGCGUCAAUCAUCAGUAGAGAAUAAUGAUAGUACCAUGCAAAUGAAUACAGAAGAAGUGUAUCGUAGUCUCCGUAAAACAACGGCUGAAAUCCAGAACUAUAGUUUUGAAACAAAAUUGGGUCGUGAUACAAAUAGCAAAGACUCUGGAAUUAGCCAAAUGGAUGAUCAACAAUUGGGUGCGGUACCAUCAAAUGAAUUUGUUCGACAACAACAGCAACACUUUAGUAUGAAUCCACCACAACACAGCGCAAUGAAUGGUCAUAAUGGUGGUUAUUUCUCUUCUGUGGACAAAGAAGAUUCAUGCAAUGGUUCCAAAACACAAUCGGCCACAACAACCGAAUCAAAUACACCAGAGAGUACAGUGCGCAUUGAUGGUGAAAUGAUAUCGCGCAGCUCAUUCAUAGCAAAACAUUCGAAUAAUGUUACCAUUUUGCCAAACGGUGAACUUGUUACAGAAUGGGGUGCAAAAGAAUCCGAUAUUGUCAAUGAUGCACUACUAUUAAACACAAGUAUGUCAAAUGAGCACAUUGUUCAAACAUUAGCCGAUUUAUCGACAGUCAUCAAAUUAGGUAACUGUGAGCUACCUGUGAAACAUUUCAAAGCCAUUAUGAAAAUAUUGUUGGAACUCCUUGGUUCGCAGCAAACUGACAUUAUUCUAGCUGUAAUACAUACGCUGUCGAAAAUAUUGCGAAGCGAUCGUAUGAAGACUAGCUGGUGCAAAUUCUUAGAAUUAAUUUUGCUAAAAAUAAUUGAUUGCUAUAAAACACACAAAGAUGUUGCUGCAAAAAUCGAUGAAAUUUUAAAACCAAUUGCAAGUGUAUUACCUGUUGAUGGAACAAUUAACAUACUAAACCCAGUGAUAGCAACCGGUGAAUUUCCGACUAGUUUGUGUGCAAUAAAAUUGCUAACCGAAUUAGUAACAAAUCAAAGUGAACAAUUUACAGAUGCUCACAUAGAAAACUUGAUGAUAGGUAUUGCAAAGCGAACGGAUGAUUGCCAAUCGAUGGUGCGAAAGGCAGCCGUAUUUUGUAUUGUGCGUUUCUAUGUUGUAUUGGGCGAAGCAAGAGUCAUGCCGUAUUUGAGAGAUUUAAGUCCUAGUAAACGAAGAUUGCUUAAUGUUUAUAUUGAGAAGGCGCAUAAUAGUAAGUCAUGAUCGUGAAUAGCAAAUUUUUGUAAGCAAAAUCUUGAGACGCGAUAAUAGUUUUAUCGGAGACAGCGACAUUGCGUGAAAUUUACGUGACCGGUGUUUCAAAUUCGUGAACCUUAGAUAGUAGUGAACCGUUUCCAUAUUUGUGAGAAAAUCAUACAGAUAAAAGAAAAACCAUUACAAAAAAAAAAGAGUUAGCUACAGGAA